AUGGCGGGAAAGUGUUACAAGCAGAUCGUGAAUCGUCUUUUUAAGUCUGGUCCAGAAGUUUAUAUUUUCAAACAUCAGGAUCCUGCACUUCAGUGGAAGAGAGACGGACCCAUCUACAGCUCAGCAAAAAGGAUCAGCAAGAAUCUAAACUUCCUGGUGCCCCACUCUCCACCAAUCCAUUGUAAUGAGGAAUUAGAGAAUAAAAUCCCAGAACAAUGUUCCUCAUUAGAGACGUGCAUCCGCCUGGAGACAGCAGGACAGCAGCGCCUCCUGGCUGUUCAGUAUCUGCCAGAAUUAUAUGCAUGUGUUGAGGAAUUUAAUAAGGAGAGCAAGAAAUCAAAUCUCCUAAAAAUUCAGGAUAUUUCACUUAAUGAGGCACAGAAAAUGCUCGCUAAAAACCUGGACGCCAUGUCACUCAUCAGUGGAACUGGUGUGAAGAGACAAGAUCCCCAACCUGUCUUCACGUGCACAGUGGUUAGAAAAGAGGACCAGAAGCCAGAGUCCAUGGCGGAGGUCCUGCACCACAGUCUGCUGACCAGCUCAUUGUCCCCCAGGGAGAGGCUCUCCAGGUCCCAGCAGAGACUGUCCCAGUGUGGGAUCCAUCCACCCACGCACACUUUCCCUUAUGAGAUCCUCAUCGACCACUCGAAUGCGCUGUCACUGGUUGCCAUGUGGAAGAAGAUUCAGAACAUCAAAAUAAUGUGCAGGCUAGGCCUUCCCAUUGCCUCCCCCCAAAAGUUUGUCUUUAGAGAAAAAGUUCCUACCUACUUCUUAAGGGAACAAGAAAAACAGUUCAUGGAUCUAAGGGACCUGGAAUGGCGUUAUUAUAAGGGGCUUGUGAAGUGGAAGGACACGACCGUGGUUCCACUCGUGGACAUAAACUACGACACCGAGAGGAGAUUUGUAGAGAGCCAGGACAUGCCCGAUGUUAUUUCCCCCCCUAUAGUUCGUAAGUCUUUGGUCAUUUAUCCUCAAAUUGAUUACCAAAAAGAAGGAACUUAUUCUCUGCAAUGGAAUAUGUAG